GUUGAAAAAGUCGGAGUAGAAUCCAUUGUGGUGCUUGCUUGGGCGCCUGAGAGGAGCAAGUUGAAGUGAGAUGAGGACAGAAAUCGAUUUCUUCUUGAGGGAAUGCAUCGGAAAGGAAUAAAGAAACGGAAUUAUAACGUGCAAAACAAGAUUUUUUAUUUUAAUAACGAAACACGAUAACGUUUCAGCACAGCCUGGAGGAGGAUGAGUUAACCGACGCUGCAAAUGUUGAUUUUUCAGAAAACGAGCAUAUAAUUGGAGCCUUUGAGUUUGAACCGGGUGUGUAUAAGCUGACUGGAGCAAUAACUGACCUUUCCGAGUUGUUAGCAACUUGUUCCUGGCACUUGGCAAAAGAGUAUUUCGCAGGGAGUGGGGCAGAUGUCUUUCAUUGCACAAUGGCAGUGAUUUGACACGGCGGGCUGGCGGAACUCCACGGAACAUGGGAGAGUGGGGUCUUGGAGAGCUUGGCAGCAGAGCACUCCAGUGGCCCCACCCCAGUGAAGGCCUUUAAAUGAGGAUACAUCACACAGAGAUGACAAAGCAGUGACCCUCCCCCUUCCACCCCCACCCCGCUCCCCCAGACCAGACUUUACCCACCGCCCCCCAGUUCUCCGUCUUACGCGAGAACAUGCUGCGUUUUCUCUCCCUCAAGUUUGGCCGUCUGUACCGAUGCCUGAAGUUCCUGCUGGUGGUGGGCCUCUUCGUCAUCCUAGUGAUGAACACGCACAACCUGUUCGCCUCCUUCCAGAGGAACGAGCUCACCGACCGGCGCUUCAUCAACCUCAACAAGUGCCCCGCCUGCUUCGGCACCAGCUGGUGCCGCAAGUUCAUGAACGGGCAGGUCUCCUUCGAGACGUGGGGGCGGCUGCGCUUCCUGGACUUCUUCAACGUCAAAAACGUCCACUUUGCACAGUACGGGGAGCCCAGGGAGGGAACCCGCCGGAUCGUCCUCAAGCGGCUGGGCUCCAACCAGGAGCUGGCCGACAUCGACCAGAAGAUCUGCAAGCGGGCCACGGGGCGACCUCGAUGUGACAUCAUCCAGGCCAUGUACAAGACCGAGUUCGCCCGCCUCAACGGGGACGUCAGGCUGCUCACGCCGGACGUGGUGGAGGGCUGGUCGGACCUGGUGCACUGCCCGUCCCAAAGGCUGCUGGACCGGGUGGUGCGGAGGUACGCCGAGACUAAAGAUUCAGGAAGUUUCCUUCUCAAGAACCUCAAAGACACAGAACGGAUGCAGCUGCUCAUGACCCUAGCCUUUAAUCCAGAGCCCUUGGUUCUCCAGAGCUUUCCGUCGGACGAGGGUUGGCCGUUCCCGAAGUACCUGGGCGCGUGCGGGAGGAUGGUGGCGGUCAACUAUGUCGGGGAGGAGCUGUGGAGCUUCUACAACGCCCCCUGGGAGCAGCGGGUGGACCUGGCCCGGCAGCUGAUGGACAUCGCCGAGCAGCUGACCAACAACGACUUCGACUUCGCGCUCUACCUGCUGGACGUCAGCUUCGACAACUUCGCCGUCGGGCCACGCGACGGCAAGGUCAUCGUCGUAGAUGCCGAAAACGUCAUCGUGGCAGACAAGCGGCUGAUUAAGCAGAAUAAGCCGGAGAACUACGACGUGUGGUACGAGAGCCGCGUGGAGGACUGCGACAAGGAGGCCUGCCUGUCCUUCUCGAAGGACAUCCUGUGCUCGCGCGUCACCGUCGACCACAACUACUACGCCGUCUGCCAGAACCUGCUCUCCAGGCACUCCGCCUGGCGCGGCACCACCGGCGGGCUCCUGCACGACCCGCCGGCGGACGUGGUCAGGGACGGGCGCCUGGAGGCCCUGCUGGACGAGUGCACCAGGCCCAAAAAACAGUACGGCCGCUACCAGGCGGCCAAGGAGUUGCGCGAGUACCUGGCGCAGCUGAGCAAUAACGCGAGGUAAUGAACGGGGUGGAUUCGCGCUCCGGCGGCGACCCCCCCUCCCCCCCCCC